GUGACAACUGACAAAGUGGUCAUCCCUCAUUUUCCAUUGGCUCCCCCACUCAUUGCUGAAAAGUGAAAACCUCCUUCAAUAAGUCCGUCAUUUCCUCGCUCUUUCACUCUAACACCUCUAGUUCACAUCGAACCUUCUGGAAUUUUCUUCCAUGUCACUCUCACGGGGGACAUUCCCGUCAUUUCCCCUGCACUAUAUACCGACUCUCAUUUCCACGAUCCAAACCGAGUAGUGAGAGUGUAGGUUGAACUUUGGACGUUGCUUAGUUUUGUUUUAUAAACUUUUAUUGUUUUAAGUGUUUUCAUUUCGCUCCCCAUUUCUCCAAUUUGAACACCACCACAACAUGGACAGAGGCGGUUAUAAUCAGAGACGUGGUGGUGGCAACGCCAGAGGUGACGGAAGAGGAGGCCGCAUGAGAGGAAGAGCAAGAGGAAGAAACUUUUCCCAACUCCCACGGCAACCGGCUGACAGUGGCGGAGGAAGAGGCACCGCCGGCAGAGGAUUUUAUCCGCAACCACCACCACCACAGUGGCAGCCAAGGCAGCAGAACACCAUCUCCGGGGGCACAUCUACCGCAACCGGCAGCGGAACCGCACCUCCAAGUCUCGUUUCCCCUCCGUCAAACCCUCCUCCUCCCUCUCAAAAAGUUGUUCCGGUUGCCGGAAUGGGAACGAUUGGAACGUCUUCAGACUCCAAUGAAACGAUCUCACCCAUUCAGAGGCCCGACGCCGGUGGCACGGUGGCGGUUAGGAUCAAGACUCUUCAGGUGAACCAUUUUCCAGUGAAAUUCAACCCAAAGAGCAGGAUCAUGCACUACAAUGUCGAUGUGAGUCCCCAAUCGCCGCCACAACCAGGCCGUCCACCGAGGAGGAUAUCAAAGACCGAACUGUCAUUGAUCCGUGACAAGUUGUUCCUUGACCAUCCGGAGCUGCCGCUAGGGAUGACUGCCUACGAUGGUGAGAAGAACAUUUUUAGCAAGGUUAGUUUGCCCGAAGAGGCUUUUGUGGUGGAAGUGUCCAAGGGAGAGGACGAGAGGCCCACAGGAUUCAACGUGACGUUGACUCUAGUCAACAUUCUUGAGAUGAGUAGGUUGGAGGAUUACAUCAGAGGCAGGGCAUUGUCAAUCCCCAGAGUGAUCUUGCAGGGUGUGGAUGUGGUCUUCAAGGAGAAUCCAACAAAAUGUACUGUUCCGGUUGGUCGCUGCUUCUACCCAAUGAACCCGAAAUUUAGAGAGACGAAUCUUCAGCCUGGUGUGAUUGCUGUUGGAGGGUUUCAGCAUAGUCUCAAACCAACCCGUCAAGGACUGUCAUUGUGCUUGGAUUAUUCGGUUUUGUCUUUCAAGAAAAAAAUGCCAGUGCUGGAUUUCCUUCAUCAACAGAUUACCGGUUUCAAUUUGCGCGAAUUCGGAAGGUACAGAAAACAUGUUGAAAAUGUGCUAAUUGGUUUGAAGGUUCAUGUCACCCACCGGAGGACCAAACAGAAGUACACAGUUGCUCGAUUAACUGGCAAGGACACGCGACAAAUCACUUUCCCUACCAUGGAUGCACAGGGGAACCCCACUGGGCAGCUUAACCUUGUUGGCUACUUCCACGAUAGGUAUCAGAUUGAUAUCAGGUACAAGGACAUCCCUGCAUUGGAUUUUGGAGGUAACAAGACCAACUAUGUGCCAAUGGAACUUUGUGUCUUGGUUGAGGGUCAGAGGUAUCCCAAAGAGUAUUUGAGUACGGAUGCUGCGAAGAAUUUGAAAGAUAUGUGCCUGCCUCCACCGAGAGUGAGGCAAGCUGCAAUACAGGAGAUGGUGAAUUCAAGAUGUGGACCCUGUGGGGGUGGUAUCGUUGAAAAUUUUGAAAUGAAUGUCAGCAAUGCUAUGACAACAGUGACUGGCCGUGUACUUGGACCCCCAAAACUGAAGCUUAGCGAUCCAAGUGGCAGGACUAUCCAGAUGGCAUUGACUCCAGAGAAGUGCCAAUGGAAUUUAGUUGAGAAGUCAAUGUUUGAAGGUAAGCCAGUUGAGUGUUGGGGCAUUCUUGAUUUCACCUUCCGCAGUAGAUGUAUCUUUAGCGGUCAAAGAUUCAUUUCUAAGCUUAUUGAGAAGUACGAUAAAUUUGGCAUCAUCAUGAAGGAGCCAGUUUGGAUAGAAAAAACAGACAUGUUGAAACUUGGCAACUAUAAUCAGCUUUCUGACUUACUUGAAAAGAUUAAUGAUGAGGUUUUCAGAAAAUGUAGAUGCCGGCUGCAAUUUCUUCUGUGUGUAAUGGCCUACAAAGAUCCAGGUUACAAGUGCCUCAAGUGGAUUGCUGAGACCAAGGUCGGCAUUGUGACACAGUGCUGCUUGUCGGGUAAUACUAAUUCUGCAAAAGAUCAAUAUCUUACUAAUCUUGCUCUCAAGAUCAAUGCGAAAAUUGGAGGCAGCAAUGUGGAGCUUAUUAAUAGGCUUCCUCACUUUGAGGGCGAUGGUCAUGUUAUGUUUAUCGGGGCUGAUGUAAAUCAUCCGGCUUCCAGAGAUGCAAAUAGUCCAUCAAUGGCUGCUGUGGUUGCCACUGUUAAUUGGCCGGCUGCAAACCGCUAUGCUGCUCGAGUUUGCGCUCAAGAGCAUCGAACUGAGAAGAUUUUGAACUUUGGAGAAGUUUGCCUUGAGCUUGUUUCAUGUUAUGAAAGGCUGAAUGGAGCCAAGCCUGAAAAGAUUGUUAUCUUCCGUGAUGGGGUCAGUGAAAGUCAAUUUCAGAUGGUUCUUGGUGAAGAGCUUCAGGAUUUGAAGAGGACAUUUGAACGUGCAAAUUACUCCCCAACCAUUACUCUUAUUGUGGCACAAAAGCGACACCAGACUCGACUCUUCCCUUCUCCUCCUGAUAAUGAGACGUCGUCUGCUACUCGCGGCAAUGUGUUGCCUGGAACAGUAGUGGAUACAGUCAUCAUCCACCCCUUUGAGUUUGACUUUUAUCUGGUUAGUCACCAUGGAAGCUUGGGAACAAGCAAGCCCACUCAUUACCAUGUCUUGUGGGAUGAGCACGAUUUCACGUCAGAUAAACUCCAGGAACUGAUAUAUGACAUGUGCUUUACGUUUGCGCGGUGCACGAAACCUGUGUCUUUAGUCCCUCCGGUGUACUAUGCUGACCUUGCUGCAUACAGAGGACGACAAUACUAUGAAGCAAAGAUUGGGAUGCAAUCUCCGUAUUCAGCUACAUCUUCUUCAUCAUCACCUUUGGCUUCUUCAUCCGUUUCUUCAGCUACUUCAAAUUCGAAUGAUAUGGACUUCUACAAGCUGCAUUCUGAUCUGGAAAAUAUAAUGUUCUUCAUCUAAAGGGUCUUUAUAAUGUUAUCUAAAGAGUAUUCAUUCCGUACAACAAUGCACAGAGGAAUCUCAUUGUCAGUUAGAUCAACAUUUAGAUUUACAGUUACAAUGUUUUCAUGUCAGAUAUAUGGCAAUCUGAGAGGAGGAAAAUAUUUGGAGAUGAUAAAAAUACUUAUUUAGUUAACAAAAUAAUGGGUAUAGACACUAAUGUCAAGUUUAGUUUUCGCUUAAUGAUUGUCUCUGUAUUAAGUUUUCACUGCAGGAUCUUAUACUUUCCUAUAUUGUGAAUUGUGCAUUGUUUAUUGUAA